GAUUUGGUCAAUGUGAGGUGGUGUGAGAUCUCUGAAAUGCCGCCUGGAAUGUGUCAGGGUGAAAUAGUUGUCUCAUUCCAUCGCGGUUCUUUGCAGAAGAGGAGGUUUGGUACCCCACAGUCCUCCUGGUACCCCAUGGGUACCCUCUCUGGUAUCCAGCAUCCCUACCAGCAGCAUCACUAAUAACAUCAACACCCAGUGGAGAGACUCCACUUCUUCCUGGGGGAUGAAAUGGCCUUUGGAGAGAGAGAAACAGAUUUAUUAUAACACUAGAUGUUAUUUAUCAUCUAAUCCAAAUUAUUUUAUUCUUUUUAUCAGCUGGCACAGGGUUGAACUAUUUUAAUAGGCACAAUUUUAAGGUGACCUUUAAAGGUACCUUGCAAACCAAACCAUUCCAUGACUCCAUUAUUUCUGCAGUUUUGUUAAUCAUAGUUUUAGCACCUGAUUAAUGCAUCCCACUGAAUUUCAGCUAUCCAGAAAGUGCUUUUUGGUUUUGACUUUGAAGGCUUGUUCUUAUCCUGUGUUGUUUCUUACAGUGGCACUGGUGUGAGUGACGGGCAUCGGCUCCUGAUGCCACUGGAUAAGCCAGUGUCACAGACAGCCCAGGAAAACUGGCUGGGAUGCACCUGUGGCUGCACUGGGUGGCCAGGAGGAUGCUGAGAUGUGGCUCCCUGGUCAAGAACUGCACUUAGGGAUGGAGAGCACCCAGCCUGUAGUUUUUGGCAACAUUUGUCAGAAACAUCCAUCUCUGUUCUGCUGUAGAAACCAGUCUGGAAGCCCAAAUCCAGCCAGGGGGGCAGUGAAACAGCCCAGGAUUUGUCCCAGCGCAGGAUGACUUCAGAACCAGCACCAGACGCCGACCCCACCAGGAGAGCCCCGAAGAAGCCGUGUCCGUUCAGCAUCGAGGACAUCCUCUCCAGCCCUGUGGAGAAGAGCCCCCAGGUCUUGGUCCCACUGUGUCUACGGAGCAUCUUAGACUGUGCACCCAAAGGGCUGUGUGAGCUGGAGACCAUCCCAGCCAGCUCCCUGCAGGAGGAAGAGGAGGAGGAGGAGGAAGAGGAAGAGCUGGAAGGGGCGGGCUGUGGCUGCUGCUGCUGUUCUCACACAAGCACCCGGUCCCUGCAGGACUCACCGGGUUGGCUGGAUGCCCGGUUCCCCUGGCCCAUGAGGCUCUUCCACUCGGCAGUCAGGGUCUGCAAGAGUCCCCAGGAGAACCCCAGCGAGCUGCAGACUUUCCACCAGAUCCAGCGCCGGACGCGCCGGCACCGCACCAUCUUCACCGAGGAGCAGCUGCAGGCCCUGGAGACGCUUUUCCACCAGAACCAGUACCCAGAUGUCGUCACCCGGGAGCACCUGGCAAACCGCAUCCACCUGAAGGAGGAGAGGGUAGAGGUUUGGUUUAAAAAUCGUCGGGCGAAGUGGCGGCACCAGAAGAGGGCGAGUGCCUCAGCACUGAUCCUGCAGGGGACCAAGCAACUCCCCGAGGAGAGCUGUUAGUGCUGUUAGUGCUGUGGGUGCUGUGGGUGCUGUGGGUGCUGCAGCUCAGCAGAGUACAAGAGACACCAAUAGCAUCUGCUGCCCGUGGCUGAUAGGCUCUACAGGGGGGAUAACCCGAGGGGCACUAAUGAAGCAUGAGGGAAUCUCUGUGAUUCACAGAGGAGGAGGACAGGUAAAAGCAGACACGGCACUUUCACAUCCCUCUUGCAAACCUAGUUCACGUGGCAAAUAACUCGGCAGGCACGGCGUGCAGGGGACAGACCUGUACCAGUGUUAAGUGUGUGUGCUUCAAGAGGAGAGAGUCCCCUUCUUGUCUGCGCUCUGUACCCAUAGUAUUUGUGCUUGGUUUACUGCUGUAAUUUGCAAAAUAUCCUGCAAAUGAAUGUUUCCUAUUUGCAGCACCUCAGUGGCAUCUGGAGUUGCUUUGGGGGUGGCACUUGCUGAACAGGUGAUUCGUUCCAUAAUAAAGAAAUCCCAGUUUGUCCCCACA